AUGGCGAGCAAUAUACCAGAUGAUAUAUUAGAGAGAAUUGGUAAGCGUCUCAACACAAAAACUGGUGUUUCUCGAUUUCGUGCGGUCUGUAAGUCAUGGCGAUCCUCUCUUCCUCCCUUUGCAAAACAGCUUCCUCUGCAAUUCCCCAUCCAAGUUGUUGCUAAGAGAACCAGCUUCACCCUCACCGAAAGCGUACUCUAUCAUCUUGCACCUCCCGCCGGCGAUCCCUGCGAAAGGGGCGUUGACAGUAAAAAGUGCAUCAAAGUCUCUCGGUUGGGUGGUGAACACUCGUUUUAUGAAGAUGUUAUUUUUUAUCAAGGAAAGUUCUAUGCUGUCUGCCGGAAUGGAACAGCCGUAGUGGUUGAUUCUUCUCUUGAUGUGACGGUGAUCGCGUCUCAAAUAGAAGGUGUUUUUAGCCUUAAUUCCGAGAAGUAUUUAGUGGAGUCAUCCGGGGAGUUGCUUUUGGUUCAUAGAUAUUGGGAUACAGAACAAUCCCCUUCUUCUGGUUCAUCAUCGGAAGAUUCUGAUUCUUCAUCAGAAGCUUUUGAUUCUUCAUCAGAAGAUUCUGAUUUCUUAGAAGCGCUAGCAGCUGCCAUGACUACUGACCUUAUUAAAUUCAAGGUUUUCAAGUUGGAUGCAGAAGAGAAGCAAUGGGUUGAGGCUGAGGCGGAAGCUUUGCGUGAUCGAAUAUUGGUGGUGGGGCGCAACCGCUGCUUGUCUGUUUCUACUGGAGAUUUCCCAGGGUGCAGGGGGAGCUGCAUUUAUUUCUAUGAUCAUUAUAAUCGCACAAGCUUGUUAGGAAGAGGAAGCAUGUUGAAACAAAUUGGAGUGUUCUGCUUAGAUUCUGGCACUUGCUUACCGCUAACAGAUAUUCCAAAUUUUCACAACAUCUUUUGCCCACCCCCAACUUGGACUUGGUUGCCAAGCCGACAACAAAGGAAAAGGAAACAAGAAGACUUGGAUUUGGACAUGAAUUUGGAAGCAGGAAAAGAAAGAAACAAAAGAAAAGGACUUGAACUUGUGCAUGACCAAACUUUCCAAUUCUCAGCUGAUUCCCCCGCGGUCAAUGUCUUAGUCAUUGGCCAUCGAAGAUUGCACUAUGGAAGAUCAGGUGUUGACAAUAAAAAGUGCAUCAAAGUUUCUCCAUUGGAUCCCGACCGCAAUGAUUAUGAAGAUGUUCUUUUCCACAAAGGAAACUUCUAUGUUGUCUGCCAGGACGGAAAAGCUUUCGCAGUUGAUUCUUGUCUGAAUGCGACAGCAAUUGCGUCUGCGGUAGCUUGUUCUGCCGGCUAUCGCAGGAAGAAUUUGGUGGAGUCAUCCGGGGAGCUGCUGUUAGUUGAUGGAUGUCCGCCCUUCAAGUCUUGCAGCACAAGUAAGCUCAAAUUCAAGCAUUAUAGGUACAAUGCGUUAGGAAGACCCUUUAACCAGAUUGGAGAGUUCAACUUCGAUUUUGAUGAUCCAAAUUCUCUUAAAAUCUUUUGCUCUCCCCCAACUUGGACUAGGCCUUGCUAUAAGUUGUAUGGGGAUUAUGAGCUGGACGGCCAGUAUGAGUUGGACGGCCAGGAUGAGUCGGAUGGCGGUUAUGAUUCGGAUGGAGAUUAUGGAAAAAGGGUAGUUGAGGAAUUGUGUGGUAAAAAUGCAUUUACCAAUUGCUUAAAGUAA